AUGACGCCACUGCAAUCCCCGCACGAAAGCGACGGACAACCCGUAGACCACCGACCUAGGUUUCCGCCGUGGAAGAAACUGGGCCUAACGCCACACAGGGGCACCUCCAAUCGACACGUGCUGGCCGAGCAAGGCCAAGUCGACGACCUGGGCAGCAUUGCAGUAGAGUCAUGCUCGGGCCGCCGCCGUCGCGUCUACCUAGCUCGCGGCGACUUCAACCCCUCCACCUCGUCCUCUUUCCCCGCAUCCCAGCACGCCGGCUCCCGGGAGGGUUUCGACAUCGUGGACGAGCGCCAAACACACGAGGACCACUUCCGCGCCCUCAUCCACGCCUACUUGCUGCCAAACGGCUUUCCGGACAGCGUAGGUCCCCAGUACGCACCGUACAUGGCCUGGCGCGGCGUGCAGUACUUCUUCGGUGGCGCCAUCAGCGUGUUUACGACGCAAUCCCUGCUUGGGGCGCUCGGCGUCGCGGGCCGCUUCCAGGGCGAGGCGGCUGCGGCCAUCAACUGGGUGAUCAAGGACGGUGCGGGUCGCCUGGGCCGACUGCUCUUCGCCCGCUGGGGCCGCGAGCUGGACUGCGAACUAAAGCAGUUCAGGCUGGCGGGCGACCUGCUGAUGGAGGCGGGUGCGGCGUUGGAGCUCGCCACCGUAUACGCCCCCCCCGCCUUCCUGCCCCUGGCCUGUACGGCAAAUCUGUCCAAGAACCUGGCUGCCGUGGCAGCCUCCUCCACCCGUGCACCCAUCUACCGCACCUUCGCGCUGCAGAACAACCUGGCCGACAUCACCGCUAAGGGGGAGUCUGUGGCCAACCUGGCUGACAUCCUCGGCACGGUGGCGGGUAUUGCGCUGUCCAGGAUGAAGCUGCCGCGUAUGCCCACGUUCUGCGUGCUGUCGGCAGGGUAUUUGCUGUCCUCCCGAAAGGAAGUAGACAGCGUUGAGCUGCCGUACAUGAACCGCGCUCGCCUGGCGUACGCGACGCAGCGCUACCUGUCUGACGGCUUCAUCCCCGGCGUGGCGGAGGCCAACCACAACGAGCCGCUGCUGCCGUGGGGCCGUCACAACCAGAACCGCCUGGUCCUGGGGGCGUCAGUGGAGUCCGCUUGUGCAGGGCCCUCGGAACUGGCCCACGCAGUCCAGCGCUUCCCCGAGCCGGAGUACCGCUACCUCGUCACGUAUAGACCCGACACCAAGAAGGCCUAUGUGCUGUUACGCGAGGGCGCCACCAGUAUGGAUUGCCUUCAGGCGUCCUUCUUCGGACACGUAUUCCUGCACUUGCUGGACGGGGCCGCCCUCAGCCAUGCACCUCUGCAACUAACCGCCGCUGCCACCACCACCAUGGGGGCGAUCGCCAAGAGCAGCGCAGUGGUUUCGGUGCUGUAUCCCGACUUCAUAUCCCAGGCGGAGCGCAAUGGCUGGAAGCUGCAGCAGACCAUGUUGAACCCCAAAGAGAACCGUCUGCUGAGGAUUACGCCACUGCAGGCUUGA